AGCCACUCAGUGGCGGCGGGACUCGCAGGUCGGUGGACCGGUCGAUAGGCUGCGGCGUCCGCUGCGCGGAGAAGCAAAAAGAAGUCACAUGGAGUGAGGUCAGGUGAGUAAGGACUUCUUGAAGAUUUCUGGGGAGACUCUUCACCUCAAAGCUUUGCUGGCAGCCAAGGAUGGCGAGCAAGGGGCCCUCGGCCUCCACGCCCCCCGAGAACUCCAGUGCAGGAGGACCCAGCGGGAGCAGCAAUGGUGCUGGCGAGAGUGGAGGACAGGAUAGCACCUUCGAGUGCAACAUCUGCCUGGACACAGCCAAGGACGCUGUCAUCAGCCUGUGCGGUCACCUCUUCUGUUGGCCAUGUUUACAUCAGUGGUUGGAGACCAGACCUAACCGACAGGUGUGCCCGGUUUGCAAGGCCGGCAUCAGUCGAGACAAGGUCAUCCCACUCUACGGCCGGGGCAGCACUGGGCAGCAAGACCCCAGAGAGAAGACGCCUCCGCGUCCUCAGGGACAGAGGCCAGAGCCGGAGAACAGAGGGGGGUUUCCAGGCUUUGGAUUUGGAGAUGGGGGCUUCCAGAUGUCUUUUGGAAUCGGGGCGUUUCCCUUCGGGAUAUUCGCCACAGCGUUUAACAUAAACGAUGGGCGACCUCCUCCAGCUGUCCCCGGGACUCCCCAGUACGUGGACGAACAGUUCCUGUCACGCCUCUUCCUGUUUGUGGCCCUGGUGAUCAUGUUCUGGCUCCUGAUUGCCUAAGGCUGGGCUGCUGGCUUGUAUCCACAGCUGGGCCUCUGAACUGGUGACACGCCAUCCCUAUUCUUGGUGUAUGGCUUCCUUCCUAAUCUGGACUCCUCAAAUCCGUGGGGCCAGUAACACCUCAAGGAGUCUUGUUUCUCCUUCAGAGCUUUGGGACUCAGGACCAGUUGGUGACUGUGUCAACACCCUGCUAUAGUCUCAGGCCUUGGCAUUGGUUGGUCCGCUUGCACGGGUGACACCAUGAUUUCUUGAGCUGCCAGCUCAGCAGGCCCUGGCUCUGCACAGACAAGAGAGGACCAUCCACCCGAGGCUGCUAUUACAGAACAGAGGGUACUUAGGGAGACUGUCUUUCGUCUCUGUAAAUACCCUGUGGUGAGUGGGCUCUGAAGCCAGUGGGACUCCACAUCCCAGCGCUGCCUUGCCCUCUCCUCCCUCUUCAGCAGAAUGGCAGGCAUUUGCUCUCCCAUAAAGUUCCUCAUUGCCGCAGCCAAACUUGGAAUUUGUCCCUGCACUUGGUGGAUUCUCCAGAGACCUGAAAAUCUCCUAUUGGCUCUGGGCCUGCGCUCUGUGUCCGUGACCCCAGAGAGCAGCUGGUUUCCUGGUGUAGAUUACCCCGUGAGACAAGUGGCUUCCCUCACAGAUUUCCAUCAGCUUCUCCCCAAAGCUGUGCACAUGAGCCUCUGCCAGCAAGCGCGCCACUUGGGCCACUGCCGAAACCGAGACUGAGUGCUGUGCCAGGCGAGCGGGCACAAGCUCUAGCAGGAUGUGUAGUGCUGAUGCAGGAGCUGCUGAUCCAGCCCUGAGCUCAGUGCCUCGCUCCCAAGACCCACCCACGGGACGUUAGGAGGGCCGCAUCUCGUCCACCUGACUGCGUGUUGAAGACCACACUUCCAAGCCCUUUAGGAUGAAGAGGCCCGAUUGUGGAACAGCUUGAUGAAUUCCCCCUCAAACUCCUUGGGAAGCACGCAUCCCCAGCACAGGCAGCCCUACCGAUUGGUUGCCCGGAAAUGGAGCCUGGGGAGCCUCUGAUGACAAUACGAUGUGGUCUUCCUUCAUUUGGAGUCCAGGGAAAAUGAUUCUUCUAAGGCCUUGAUGUGCUUUUUAAUUUCAUAAGCUUCCUUCUCCCCCAAAUUUGGCUGAGGGCAUGUGGUGCGAAGCCAGGAGGACCUUUCACCUGGUGGAAGGACCACUGUCUGUGGGGGCAUUGCUCUCUCUUUGCCAGCCCAGGCCAUUCCUGCCUCACCCUAGCAGUAGCCAAAAGUGGCAGGAAGCCUCAGGAUGGCACUGUAUAAUUCAGGGAGGAGCUUUCUCCCCACUCCACAGCCCACCCUCUCCCCAUGCAUCUAUCAAUACCACAAUCCAGUGUUCAAACAGAAUAAAUGCAAGUAUUGAGUAGGUGGUUCGAUUGCCGAAACCAUUAUGUAGGAACAAGCUACCAGCUUUAUUGGGUGCCUGACGGAUUUUAAACAUUCUCAGGGUACCUGCUUGAGUGCCCUUUUUAUUACUUUCAUUAGUCCCAAAGUUGAGAAGGAGCCCCUGGAGAUUCUCAGUUCUAGACUGGGUGUUCCCCUGAUACAGUGGUCCCACCUAGUGGCUGGAAAGGGGACUUCAGUUGGAUGGACCCAACAAAUGGGGUUAUAGAAGAAGAAAGGUGAAGUUGCGGGUUGGGAGAGGAAUUAUUUGGACUCUAUUGAAAUAGAGUGAGCCCAGGAGAACGCCACCAGGAAAGGUGUCCUAGGAACCUGCUAGCAAAGCCAGGUUAGCCGUAUAGGACCCUACCCCCUUUCAGAAAAUGAGCAGGAGAGACCUGGGACUGCUGGCCCAGCCCCAGUGGGGAGCCCCCAUCCUACCGCCCUUCAGGCUUACCACCUUUCCCUCUGCCACGGCAGUUUUCCCUCCCUUGGUGUUUUCUGUGUUCCCACCCCACCCCUCGCCAUCCAGUGGACUAGGACCAGGUCCUGGCCACAGACAAAUUGACCUGUCACUAUUUUUCACUAUUGUGAAAGUGGUUUGAUUUAGAAUUAAACAAAUGGUUUUCUAUCAUGA